AGCAGUUGGUGCGCACGUUGGAGAUUUAACGUUUUUUGCACGAGUUUUUUCCAUACGUAUUUUUUCAUUGACAAAAACACAAGCUGUGGUUCGUGUGUGUGUGUGUGGUAUAGUUGUGUGUACGUGCUCACACUGGUGUUUGUGUGUUGUUGACAGUGUGCGUGUGUAGUUGCCACUGCUUUGUGUGCAGAAUAAUUUUUUGCAAUAUUAUGUAAAUCCGCAAAUUAAAGUUCAAUUCAACUAAAUACCAACGGCCAAAUGCAGAAACAAAAGUAACUUUGAACGAAAAAAAAGCAUCAAAUGCCAAGAAAGUGAAAAAUAAUCAGUGCUUUGAAUUAUUUAAACACAGUAACACACGCAACAGUUUACACAAAAUAUUCAGAUAAAGCAGCGCUAUCGAAAAAGCGCUAUUUCGACUUACAUUAGAAGGACCCCUAAGCCUUAGGCGGCGCGCCCUUGGGUCUGCAUUGAAAUCAACCGUUAGUGCGAGGAGGAAACAAAAUGGCUACAACCGCAGUGGCAGCCACUAGUGUUGUCGUUUUGGAUCGUGGCAACAACACAACAUGUACAAUAAAUUUGCACGGCGCUACAGUUGUCUCCUGGCGUGUGAAUAAUCAAGAACAACUCUUUGUUAGCAAGCUGGCCUCCUUUGACGGCAAGAAUGCCAUUCGCGGGGGCAUACCAUUUGUUUUUCCACAAUUCGGACCCUGGUCCUUUGGUCCUCAACACGGCUUUGCGCGCAUCUCCCGCUGGCAUUUGGAUCGAGCACCAGAGCGUCUCCACAAUGGCGAUGUGGAGGCUAUAUUCUCACUAAUGGACAACGAGUUAACGCGUGCAAUAUGGAACUAUCAAUUCCGCAUUACCUACCGUCUUAUACUGCGUGAAAAGGAACUGCACUUUCAUAUUGGGGUGUUUAAUCCCAGCAAGGAGUUAUCCUUUACCUUCAACAUGCUGCUGCACACCUAUCUGAAGGUCCCCGAUGUGCGGCGUUGUCAGAUUACAGGACUACACGGUUGCACAUUCAUUGAUAAGACACGUGAAGGUGCUUUGUACCAGGAGGGUCGAGAGGUGGUCACCGUUAAUGAGUGGACUGAUCGCAUUUACCAGCACACGCCACAAGAGCAUGUGAUCACCAAUGUGGUUUCUGGACGCAAGAUGAGGCUCCACAAAUAUAAUUUUCCCGAUACAGUAAUAUGGAAUCCUUGGAUCGAUCGUUCCCGUGAAAUGAAGGACUUUGGCGAUGAUGAGUUUCCUAAUAUGCUGUGCGUAGAGGCUGGUAACGUCACGUCGCCGAUCAUAUUACUUCCGGGAACUGCCUUUGAGGCCAGUCAGAUACUUCAGAUCAUUAUCGAGGGAAAUGUCAGUCGUAAGACGAAACGAAAUCGCUAGCGUUUAAAGAAUCGGAACCCAAUGAGGUAAACCGAUUCGUAAAAAUACAAAAAAGGUAAAGGACAGACAGGGGGGCUGGGGAUCUAGUCUCAUCUGGGAUGACAACUUCUGCUACGAAGUUGCAAAAUCUGCACAGAUUUAGUUUUUUAAUUUUAAGAUUAACUAGCAUAUAAUAAAGUAUGUGCAAAUUUUUACAAUAACGUAAUUUCAAGACUCAAAGUUGUACUAAAUAUGGUUGCUUAAACUUAUAUACAUAUGUAUGUAUCUGUAUAAUUAAGUUCAAGAUUGCUACAAUAUCUUAAUUUAUCAAAGGUUGUGCUUGACUUUGAAAAGUUAUUUCGAAACCCAAUAUGUUUGUGCUUGGCUACUGAGGCCUUAGUUUAGGGACUGUUCACAUUGAUUAACCGAAUUUUUAGUGCGUUCACAUUUUGCAGAUAUUACUUUGAAAGAGAUGAAUACUAAAUUUAGUUUAAUUUUGAUUACUUCGGUUGGUCAGUGUAUAUUCUAAUAGUGAGACGUUUUCAAAGCUCUCAUAAAAAAAACGUACAUAAAAUUAAUCAUACAUACAUAGCUACAGUUUGUUAAUAAUAUAUACAUAUGUACAUACAUAUUAUGUAUGUAGAUUAUUAGGACUUAACGAUAAUCUAUUUCGCAAAUACCGUUGUAAAAUUCAAUUCGAUGACAAUUUUCUAGAUUCGGGUUUCUCUGUGUAAACAAAAUUGUGCAUGCAAUUGUGAGAGAUUUGCAUAUUUUUCUUAAACAAUAAACAACACAUAAUAAUAACCUAUAACAUAGGUUCGUAAGAAUAAGAUAUGCACAAUAUAACAAUAAAAUAUGCAACUUGUAUACGAUACGAUAUAAAUAUUUCUAGUUAAUAACUUAAUGUAUAAUACUAAAAAGAAAUACACAAUAAUAUGACUACAGAAAACAGUA